GUGUGUGUUUGUGUGUUUGCAUGUGUAUGAACCUCUGAACAUUUUAGGGAAAAAUCUGUUUAUAUUUAGAGUUAUGUUAGGAAUAUUUAAGAGCGAAAACUUUCAUUUCUGUCACUGGUGGAGUGUUUGAUGAUCCAAUGAACAAUGCAUAGAGCUUGGCAGGAAGCUGCAGGGGUUUGGUUAGCUGUCUGAAAUGAAGGCGGCUCUCUUGCUCUCUCCCACACUCUCACUUUCUCUUUUAUGCUGUGCAGAGUUCUCUUUGUAAAGAGUCGAACACAAGGACUGUCAGUAUUAAUGGGCUGAAAACUGAGUAGCUUAUGGUAGGUUUAUUUCAUUUUCUGCUUUUUUUUUUUUUUUUGGAACAAAAGACAUUGCACCUUUAUUCUGAGACAGUUCAGAACAAGAUACAGUCGAGCACAGCUAUGGGUUUGGUCAUCACCAAAGUAUUUGAACAGGCGUGAUUUUGAUCUUGGUGCUUGCCAAAGCCAGAGAAAAAGGAAUUUUGUGAAAUGGAGAUCUUUGUAAAAAACUUGUAGUAUAAGUAAAUCCCACUGAACCUGUGGAUAAUGCGUGCAGUGGGUGCUGCUCCGGUUCAGGUGGAGGGUCGGAGGCUUUCAUGGGCUAUUGUGGUUGUGACUGUGUUGGCGAUCACCUCAUCGUCACUGUCAGCUCUGUCCCUGUACCACAUGCUGGCACUGAAGGCAGAGGUGGAGGUGCUGAGAACUGAGGUGAGCCGCAGGAGGGAAGGAUGCAGAGACACACCGGGGGAAAGUGUAAGAGGACCUCAGCCUCAGCAACAGCAGCAUGAAGAUGACAAAAACAAUGCACUGAGUAAGCAGGUGAGUAACAGCGUGACCCCUCCUGAAAUGCAGACGGACACUUUUGGAAGGCAGCGAGAGCAGUUCCGAUUGAAGAGGAGAAGUCUGGAGAGAGAGUCUGAACAAUCAGUGUUUCAACCGUUCUUGCAGAUGAUGGCUGACAGUAAGAGGGAGAUCUUUCAAAAAGACUUUUCACUUCAGAAACAUGCUAGCAUUCCGUGGCAGCCGAGUCUAAAGCGAGGCUCAGCUCUAGAGGAGGAUCAGGAUGCCAUUGUGGUCAAGGAGGAGGGUUACUACUUUAUUUACAGUCAGGUUUAUUACAAAGACCCUACUUUUGCAAUGGGCCACAUUGUGAUCCGCAUGAAAAAGCACGUGGUCGGGGACGAGAGUCAACAUGUUGUUCUGUUCCGCUGCAUCCAGAGCAUGGACACGAAAUACCCUUUUAACACCUGCUAUACCGGAGGGAUAGUAAAGUUGGAUGUUGGGGACAAAGUGGAGCUGCUCAUACCUCGUCCCACACCAAACAUCUCACUGGAUGGAGACUGCACCUACAUGGGAGCCAUCAGGCUGGCCUGAUCUAACUCCGGGAAAUGGAACUCUAAAUGAUAGUGGAGAGAGUAGACACCUGGUUAUACUGCUUUUUGAGGUUUCAGUACACAGGUUUUCAAGCAGUUUCAUUCACUUAUAUGUAGAGAUUGUACAUUUUCACAACUGAGUAUACUGAAGCUGAGGAACUUCAAUACUGUACAUGUGGAAGUCGAUGAAUGUGAGCUGAGUACAUUUGAGUUUGAUAUGGAAAUUAGUGUGAAUGAGUGUAUGAAUGUGUCUGUAGCUGGUGCCCUAAGAUGGAGAGAUGAAGCCCUGCAGCCAUGACCAGGAUAAAUCAGUGAUUGAUCACUAAUUUACUGAUUUACUCCUGUGUGAAUGUGUGUCUAGAUGGUGCUUUGUGAUUGAUCUGUGCUCCAUACAAGGUCUGUUCCUAUAUCAUGAUCUGAAUGAAUAGAACACAUUCAAUUUGUUACACAGUCGAAAUCAAAGUCUGCCUGUUGAGCCUGGAAACUACAGCUUGUGAAAUAUAAUGACCUCUUACCCAGAGAGAAACUUUUCCUGCUUCUCCCAAGUCUACAAAGGCCUGGCCUUUAAACUGGAUCAUUCGAAUAAGUUUAUACACUUUUUUCCCCCCACAUAAAUCAUUGUCCUCUGUCUUAAAUAAAAAAUGACGCACAUCCCAAAACCAGAUUGUUUCAUAACGGAUGGAACACAAUACCAGUAAUAUAAGCUAACAGCUGUUGUGGUCAAUUUCCAUAAUGCUUUUUUUCCAAGCAUAGAACAUGUGGGUUACGGCCAUGCACAAAAUGCAGUUGAACUUUGCCAAUGAAAUUAGCCAGCAGUUAAAUUGCAGGUUUUGAAUGUAGUUGUGUAGCCAUGCAAUUUGUUUGUGGUUACUUGCACUUAUUUUGCCUUACAGCAGAUGGCAGCACUGGCACAUGACUGGAUCACAAUUUUGUGGCUUGCCCCUUUUUUCUUUUCUUUUCUUUGGAACCACUAGUUUUGUUUAAAAAAGAGAAAGAAACAAGAAAAUCAAUUCAACAGCACAUGUUCAGUCUAACAUAAUUACUGACAGAAGGGGAUAAGAGCAUGACCCUGUAUAGUACAUAGUGUAUGUGUGUUUAGGUUACUUAUAUGUGAGUAAAUUGUUGAUGCCACUUUUAAUUAUUUAUAUAUAUCUAAUGUGAGCUGAGGUGUAUAUAUAUACACAUGUUAUUCUCCAAACAAUUUAUUUAAAACAGUUCUAUUCAGGAGCAGUACUGGUUGAAGGCCAAAACUGAUAUAUUUCACGUAUAAACCUUCAGAGGGCAUCAGUUUCCAAGGGAAAGCUCCUGUGGUAAAGGCAUGAACCAGUUGUGAUAAAAUAUACAUCAAAAAUAUGAAUCACAGAUAUUUUUGAGAUUUGCCUUUGCCUAUAUAGCUAAUAAAACAUUACCAAAUUAUAUCUAAUAUGAAGAGAAAUAAAUAAAUAAAUGUAGAAAGUGUAUAAAUCAAUAGAUUCCCUUUGUUGUUAAUCAGUGAAUUGUAUUUGUAUAAAAAAAAAGGUGUAUAUGUAUGAUACACACUAAGGUUUUAAGCAUCAUCUUUUACUAAGCUCUCCCUAUGGAUCCAAAAAUCAUGCAAAGAAAUGCUUAUAGAUUUUAGCCUGGUACCUGAUUCCAUUCCAUCUCUUUUUUUUUUUUUUUUUUUAAGAGAUCUUUUUUCCUUGUAGCUGUAUCUCAUAAAAUGUGAUAAAAAUCUCUCUCUCACUCUUCUUGUCAUAAAGCAGUACAAAAAGCAAAGGAGAUGUGAGGACCAUUUUAAAAUUAUUCCAGCAUAAAAAAAAACUAGUUGUCCUUUACAAAUAUUCAUCCUCCUCUGAUGUGUUGGUGUAAUAAAUGUACAGGGUUUUGGGUUGUGUGUUUAUAGUCAAAAUACAAAUUGGCCUAAAGCUUGGGAAUGAGUUUUAACUAUUUUAUAGGGUUUUUAUAUUUGUAUUUAUGAGGUGAAAACAAACAUCAUGAAUGAUCUUUGUGUUAAUUAGGAGAAAUUCUCAUUUUAGGAAAUAUUUAUAAGGUAGAGUGACACAAAAUCUACAUAUGAAUUGUGUGGAACUGAGGAAAUUUAAUUCUCUCUUUCCAGUUUUAGUCAGAUUAAGGGUCUGCUCUAAGGCCCCUGGAUGUACAGGCAGGACCAGAGAAAAUAAUCAAAGAUGGAAUGUGGCCAAUCUUAAAUUAUUUAUAUUAUUAAUCCCAUCACACAAAGUUUAUGUUUCUGACCAAUGUUAAAUGUUACGUUAGUGUUUAAAAUGAAUGAUAAGAUUUCCAUGUAACAAAUGCGUGUGUUAAUAAUAUAUUUUUAUUAACAUUCAUUUAGUGGCUUCAGUUUCUCACAGGUGAGAACAUUCAAAUUGUGGAAUAAGAAAGAAUAGGUCACCAUUGGAAGGGGGAAUUGUUUAUAUUUCUUUUUUAUUAGUAUUUUCAGGGCAAAUAAGUUCACCAUGGUGCCAUAUUUUUAGAAUUUUAGUGUUUGCAUUACAUCAUUUUUUUUUUUUACCUUGUAUGAACAUUACCAACUCUAUAUUCUUAUUUUCUUCUUUCCAAUUUAAUUUUACACUAGAAAAUUUUGUUUUGAAAAUUCUUGGUUCUGUACUUUAUCUACUUUUAAAUAAAUGUAAGCAAAUGUCACAUACAUACAAUUUAUUACAACUCUAGCAGCCUUAGUUGUAAAAAAUAAAAAAAUAAAAAAAAUGAUGUUGUUUACCAUGUUCUAGUUUUAUUAUUUGUGUCAUGGAAACUUUGGAUAUUUUCCAUUCAGACCCCCAGAGGUAAUCCCUU